GCAAACCAUUAGCCCCUCCCUCGUUACAUUUUUCAUUGUCUUCUAGCCGCUCCAUCAUCGACCGAAACUGUCCAAGACAUAUUUUAAUUCUCUACGAUGGAGUCGCUAUGCCAAGUUGAUCCUCUGUAUACUGUUUUCGAGCCCCCUUCGUUGCAUCCAUCUUCGCUUCAGCUCCGCGCAUUCGGGGUUUGCAAAGCUCCGCUUCAGGAGUUGACUACUCAAAAUGCGAACCUGACCACCGUCUCUUCAGCCAAACGUAGGCCAGCUAGCGAUUGUCAGUAUGACAAACAUGCAAAGAAGUCAAAGAUUUGUCAAGCAAAUCCUGAAGUAGACUCCAUCAACUUGAGUUCUAUUUUAUUGUUACCGAGAACUGGUACACAGAUUGGCUCAAGCAGUCUGGCUAUCAUAUCAGAGGAUAAGCCGCAUGCCGGCUCGCAGGCAAUUCCAGUACUCGAACUAAAAGCAUUAGAAGAGUCUGUGCUUAACGCCUUUGAAUACAGCGACAAUGUUAUCGCAUUGGGAGAGAAAAUAUUCCCUGUACCGAUAGGUAGCGAAAUCAACAGUUUUCUCAAGUUCAAACGCGCCCACCCCAAUUCGGGAGGAAGAGCUCAUGCUCUCACAUAUCCCCAACGAGCCAUGCCAGUCUGUUGGAACGUGGCAGUCCAAAAGCCGUCGGAUCGGACUUUGCUGGCCUUCUAUUGGUUUGCUAUCUGCACUGGCAAAAGUUUCAUAUCUGAAACCAAUCCAUGGCUCGACUUUAUUACAUUCCAAAAUAGUCCGGGAAUCCGAUCGGCUGUUCUAUGCCUUGCUGCUGUGUAUCUUCACGACCAUACCCCGGACAAAGAAAAUGGGGAUCGGGUGAUCCACAACCAUGCAUUCGGCUACCGAGCUAUCCAAUUACACAAAUGCACUGUUGCAUACCUUCGCGACCUCCUCAACUGCAAGCAAGACGGAUCAUCUACCGAGAUCUUAUCAUUAUUGAUAAUUCUCUCCACUAUAGAUACCCUCCGGAUCGAGCAUUGCAUGAAGACUCCUUUUGAGCCAGCAUGGUAUCAGGGAUUAAGGCUGGCGGAAAAGUAUCUCGAUAAAAGGGAGCAGAAACCAGCUUUCUCGGAGGAAGAAUGCUGGAACCAUGAGAUCCCAAAGCGUAUAAAAGACACCUUGCCUUUUAGCUUUAGGGAGUCCCCACCGACGAGCCUUCAGCACCCCCAACCGACAAGCCUUUACACUUCUCAGGCCGUCUUAGUUGCCCGGGGAAUUAUCCUUACGCAGGUAACGUCGAAACUCCCACAGCCAGAAAGGUUUGCUCCAAUAGAGGAAAGCCAUCGAUUUAGCUGGUUGUUACAGGCUUCAUCUGAAGAUGUCUGGACGAUCCACGGAGGAUGCGGCACUUCGCCGAAACUACUGCAUAUCAUGAGUCAGAUUAAUUACUGCGCGACAAGGUUGCACCAGGAUAACCGAAGUAUUGUGGUGCCCCUAACAGCAAAGAAAUUACUCCAACUGCUAUAUGAGCUAAAAUCCACCGAAUCGGCCGCGUCUUUUAUUGACUCAACUACGAACGUGAUCGAACGAACAGCUUAUGCUUGGCUUCUCACUGCGAUCAUCUAUCUUCGAUGCCGAGUGCAGAGGUACCCCCCUGGUCACCGAUAUGUGAGAAGGCAUUUAGAAGCCUUAGCCAAAUGCAUACAAGCAGUCCCGGCAUCUGGCCUAUUUUUCACGGCAAAUGCCCCUAUUCUGCCUGUAUUCAUACUCGGUUUAUUGUCCGUGAAGCAUAGAGGAGUUGCGCAAGACUGGUUUGAGAGGGUACUUCAAGUGCCGGUUAGAAGUACUGUUCCCCCUAUCUACGAAGCUCUGAAGCGAACCUGGGAAUGGAAACAGAUAUGGCCUUCAGCUAAAAGCCUACCUCGCUUAAUCCAAGAAAGGGAGCCUUGGUGGGAGAAGCUGGUUGAUCUAAUUCAUACUGAGGCGGGAGGCAUGCUAUGUUUUAUGUAAUCCAGGCUCGACUCUGUCAACUUUCGUUAAUAGCAUUCUCCAAGGCAUUGUAAUAAUGAAGGUACAUAUAUAAAUAUCUUUAUUUCUCUAACUGGUACAAAUAAAAAAGAGCAACUAUGGAUAGCACUGGUAUCUUACAGUGCCUGGCAAGUGCCACCAUUAGAUCGAGAAGUGACACGCCAGUGGAGGCGGUAGUAUAGAUAGUGUCUGGGCGACUUGUGAAGUCGAUCAUUUAUGUUACCCUAAAUGAAAAAGGAAAUCACAC